AUGAGGAUCCUGCUGAUAGUCAUUAUCCUCUCCUUCAUGACAGGUUGUUUGAGCUCCUUCAAAGUGACAGGAUACUCUGGAGGAACUGUCAUCAUCGACUGUGAUUAUUCCACAGAAGAAAGAAGUCAUGAGAAAUAUUUCUGCGUGGGGAAGUAUAGUUGGAGUUGUGAGGAUCAAAUCAGAACUGGAUUGAAGAACACCUGGGUACACAGUGGUAGAUUCUCUCUGUAUGACGUCACUGGAGGAAACUACUUCAAGGUGAUCAUCAGACAACUGACCAGACAAGAUGAAGGGACCUACUGGUGUGGAGUGGACAAACCUGCUAUACCUGACAGUUAUACCAAGGUAGAGCUGGAUGUGAAGAAGGAUGACUGCUGUGAGAAGUCAGUCACAGAGACGGCCUAUCUGGGAGGAGAAGCUACCAUCAGAUGCAACUAUCCAGAGGACCAUGAGGACAGCACCAAGUAUUUCUGCAAGGAAAGCAAUGACUUCAAGACUUGUGUUAAUAUGAUCGCUGCUCACCAGACAACUGCAGAAGCUGGUCGUUUCUUUGUGUCUGACAACAGAAGAGAGAGAUUCUCCACAGUGACCAUCAGGGACCUGACUGAAGAUGAUACUGGGACCUACUGGUGUGGAGUAGAAACCAGCAGGACAGAACAACGUUACAUUACACUGAUCACACAGGUGAAGCUGCUUGUUAGAAGAUCUGUCUCUUCAACACACAGAGUGAACCCAAACACAGGAAACAAUGAAUGGGGUUGUCAUGGUGAGGGUGACUAUGAGGAGAUAAUGGAGCGCCCCCUACAGUCAGACUCAGAUGCUGCGACCUCCACCAUCUACGCCAUCGCCAACUUACCCACAAGCUACUCUGACUCUCCCCACUACGCCAGCGUCAACAUCCACAAGACUCCCAGUAGCCCCAACGAAGCAACUGCCACCAUCUCUAAAGAGGGCAGCUGCCCCAAUGAGGCCAACGCUGCCAUUACUACAGAGGGCACUUCAUCAUGUGACUAUGCUACUGGCUGUCAUGGUGAUGGUGACUAUGAAGAGAUAAAGGAGCGCCCCCUAAGGUCAGACUCAGACGCUGCGACCAACGACAUCUACGCCACCGCCAACUUACCCACAAGUCACUCUGACUCUCUCCACUACGCCAGCGUCAACUUCCACAAGAACCCCAGUGGCCCCAACGAAGCCACUGACACCAUCACUAAAGAGGGCAGCUGCCCCAAUGAAGCCACCACUGCCAUUGCUAAAGAGGGCACUUCAUCAUGUGACUAUGCUACUGUGAACUUUGGUCAGAGCCCCGCCUACUCUACUGUCAAUCAUCCACACAGCUGCUCUGAGGCACCUCCCAUCUACUCCACAAUCAGCAAACCCAGAAACACUUGA